GUCUUCUUUUAGACUUUUACCCGUUCAAACUCCUCGCCUGCAAAAGACCCCACGCACCCCAAGAUUCAUCAUACUAAAAUCAAUUCCAUCCCCAAAUUUUUUAUACAGCUUUUUCUUGGUCUACAGCAAUAAUCACACAAGUUCAUCAUCCGAUCCACCUCCAAUUUCCCAAAAAUGAAUGAUCUUUUCUCGGGAUCUUUCUCACGUAUCCGGAACCAAGAUCAAUCGCCGCCGCCAAAUUCCCAUGUUGUAGAGAUGACACAGUCGUCAUCCACCGUCGGCGUCAAUCUUGACAGGUUUUUCGAAGAUGUAGAGGCCAUCAAGGACGAACUCCGGGACCUCGAAACGCUCUACAGUCAACUCCAAUCCUCCCACGAGCAGAGCAAAACCCUGCACCAAGCCAAGACCGUGAAAGACCUCCGGGCGAAAAUGGACAAAGACAUUUCUAUAUCGUUGAAAAAGGCGAAAGUUAUCAAGGUCCGAUUAGAAGCUUUGGAUAGAGCCAACGCCGCUAAUCGGAGCAUCCCGGGUUGUGGACCCGGGAGCUCGUCGGAUCGGACAAGAACCUCUGUCGUCAACGGUCUGAGGAAAAAACUUCAGGAUAUAAUGAACCGAUUCAAUGACCUGAGACAGAAGAUGAACUCCGAGUACAGAGAAACAGUUCAGAGAAGAUACUACACAGUUACAGGGGAAAACCCAGAUGAAAAGAUCCUUGAUAAUCUAAUCGAAACAGGUGAAAGCGAAACUUUUCUCCAAAAGGCGAUACAGGAACAGGGCAGAGGACAAGUAAUGGACACUAUAAUGGAGAUUCAAGAAAGGCACGAUGCAGUGAAGGAAAUGGAGAAGAAUCUGAGGGAAUUGCACCAAGUUUUCAUGGACAUGGCUGUUUUGGUUCAGAGCCAGGGUGAGCAAUUGGAUGAUAUUGAAAGCCAUGUGAUUCGAGCCAAUUCCUUUGUUAGAGGAGGAACUCAUCAGCUGGAGGUCGCUAGGAAACACCAGAAGAAUACCAGAAAAUGGACUUGUUUUGGGAUCAUUCUCUUGUUGAUCAUAAUCUUGAUCAUUGUUUUGUCCAUCAGGCCUUGGGAGAAUAAAAAAUAGGAAAUCACAUAAAUUAAUCAUGGAAUGUUUCAUAUUUACCUCUUUCUUUCUACUUUUUUUUUUUUUUUUUAAAUUACUUUUCUUGUUAUUGCAUUACUUGCAUAUUAUUGUUGUUGCUGUUUGUACCGGUGUUAUUAAGCAAGUUGCCCCUUUUAACUA